AUGGCCGGCUUCACCAUCUGGAGGCACCUGCCCGGCAGGGCGCUGCUCUUCAUCAUCAACCUCGUCGCCGCCACGGCGCUCAUCUUUGAGGGUUACAACCAGGGCGUCUACGGCACCGUCAGCGCCACGCCCGGCUUCAUCGCCAUGGCCGAGAUAGGUCACGACGACGUCGUCACCGACUCGACCAAGCAGGGCGGCCUCGCUGCCGCGUACUACUUUGGCGCCAUGUGGGCAUGCUUUGUCGGUGGCUGGGUCGGCGACAAGAUCGGCCGCAAGCGCGGCACCCUCAUCGGCACGCUCUUCGCCAUCCUCGGCGCGGCCCUGCAGUCGGCCAGCCAAAACUCCGACAUGUUCAUCUGCGCGCGCGUCAUCGCCGGCAUCGGCAUCGGCUUCAUGAACGCCAUCAUCCUGCCCUGGGUCAGCGAGCUCUCGCAGUCGCACGACCGCGGCUCCAGCUUCUCCCUCGUCUUCGUCGCAAACUACCUCGGCAUCGUCAUCUCGUACUGGAUCAACUUUGGCAUCCGCAACACGGGGCUCGAGUUCCGCUGGCGCUUCCCCCUCGGCUGGAUGGUCAUCCCGCUGCUCAUUGUCGACGCCGCUCUUCCCUUCUUGCCCGAGUCGCCUCGCUGGCUCAUCGCCAACAACCGGCGCGAAGACGCCAUCGACAUCCUGUGCAAGCUCCGCGGCGACCUCUCGCCCGAGGACCCCCUCAUCAAGCGCGAGGUCGAGGAGAUUGACGCCAUGGUCGAGGCCACCCACCAGCGCCGCAACAACCUGCUCAACAUCACGCUCGGCGGCCGCUACUCGGGCAAGAUGCACCUCGGCCGCCGCGCCCUCAUGGGCUUCGCCCUCCAGUGGAUCCAGCAGUGGUCCGGCAUCCUCGCCAUCGUCGGCUGGGCCGGCGUCCUCUUCAAGCUCGCCGGCUUCGACAGCUACAAGUCCCUGUGGCUGUCGGGCCUCGUCAACACCGUCGGCGUCCCCGGCACCGCCGCCGCCGCCCUCGUCAUCGACCGCAUGGGCCGCGUCAAGUCCCUCCUCACGUCCUUCAUCAUCCAGGCCGUCUGCCUCUUCCUCGUCGCCGCCCUCAUCAAGACGAGCGAGGACGCCGCCGCCACGGACCCGGACCUGUCGUCCCGCCUGGGCACCGCGGCCGCGUCGUUUGUAUUCAUCUACACCUGGUUCUUCACCAUGUUCAACAUCAUCCCCGUGUGGAUCUACGGCACCGAAAUCUGGCCGCAGGAAAUCCGCGCCAAGGGCUACAGCUUCACCAUCUUCGGCUGGGCCACCGGCUGCGGCAUGACCCAGUUCCUCAUCCCCAUCAUGCUCGACAAGCUCGGCUACGGCACCUACCUCUUCUUCGGCGCCGUCAACUUUGUCGUCCUCCCCAUCAUCUGGCUCUUCUACCCCGAGGUCGCCGGCCGCUCCCUCGAGGAGGUUUCCCUUCUCUUCACCAGCGACAGCCCCCUCGUCAGCAGAAACAUGAAGGAGUACCACCGCCGCAUCGACGAAGCCGGCGGAAACGUUGCCGUCGCCGCGCGCCGUCUCCUCGACGAGGUGGACGGCCGGGGGGACGCCUCCGGCAGCAAUGCGUCCGACGGGAGUGUCGAGAAGCGGGGGGGGUAA